GUCCAUGAACGCGUUAUCAGAAACAGAAAGCGUAAUCACUGCCACUCACGCAUUGUUUGUUGCUUCACUCGCUUCACAACCGGCCGACUCGCCGCUUUCUAUGUCCGCCUCCAUCCCUUUCACCGUCAAAAACUUCCAAGAAUUUUCUCCAAACCGACAUUUCACCAAUUCUUAUUUACAAAAACCCAACUCGCAUUUUUUCCAAAUUCACUUUCUUUUCAAUCCAAUUCAGCAAUCUCUCUUUUUGAACACAAAUGGGUGUUGAUUACUAUAACCUUCUGAAAGUUAACCGGAGCGCGACGGACGAUGACCUGAAAAGGGCCUACAAGCGACUGGCCAUGAAAUGGCAUCCCGAUAAGAAUCCUGCUAACAAGAAAGAAGCCGAAGCUAAGUUCAAGCAAAUUUCUGAAGCUUAUGAUGUCCUCAGCGAUUCGCAGAAGCGUCAGAUCUAUGAUCUAUAUGGGGAAGAGGGGCUAAAGUCUUUUGAAUUUGGUGGGCCCGGGGAUGAGGGGAAGUCGUCGUCGAAGACGACCAACAAUACGACAUUCCGGUUCAAUCAGCGGGAUGCGGACGACAUUUUCAACGAGUUCUUCGGUGGAUCUGGCGGCUGUGGUAUGGGUGGUGGGAGUGGGAAGAGUGGGUUUCCUAGGAAUGGGGAGACCGGGAAUCAGGGGAACAGGAAGGCGGCGUCGAUUGAGAGCAAGUUGACGUGCAGUUUAGAGGAGCUCUAUAAUGGAGCUAGAAGGAAGAUGAGGAUUUCGCGUUCUGUCCCUGAUGACUUCGGUAAGCCAAAGACUGUUGAGGAAAUCUUAAAGAUAGAUAUCAAACCGGGCUGGAAGAAAGGCACAAAAAUCACUUUCCCAGAGAAAGGGAACCAAGAACCUGGUGUUAUUCCGGCUGAUCUUAUCUUCGUGGUGGAUGAGAAGCCCCAUCCUGUUUUCAAGCGGGAUGGGAAUGAUCUGGUUGUCAAUCAGAAAAUCUCAUUACUAGAGGCUCUCACAGGGAAGACUGUUGACUUAAGAACCUUGGAUGGAAGGUAUCUUACUAUCCCACUAACAGAUAUUAUCAAACCGAGCCAUGAGAUCGUGAUAUUGAAUGAAGGAAUGCCCAUCUCAAAAGAACCACACAAGAAAGGAAAACUUAGAAUCAAGUUUGAUGUGACAUUCCCAUCAAGACUGACUGCAGAACAGAAAUCUGAUCUCAAGAGGGUGCUGGGUGGUGCUGAUAAUUAGUUAGUUCCAAGUUGAAGCUUGGGUUGCUGAUCAUCAAUCAAUACUAAUUAUUUAUGUAAGUUAAUUAAAUGUAAAUACAUUUGCAUAUUCCACUGUUCCAGAGCAAGAUUGUGCAUAGUAGGAAGAAAGUUACAAGUAUUUUAAGCAGUACUUUAGCUAUGUGGCUUGGGAAAAACUAUCUAUGAUCAAAGCUGUCAAAAGAUAACUCCUAAUUGAAAUUUGUAUCUAGUGAUCAACUAAUUUAGUCUUUUUGCUUUGAAGUUGAAGCCGGAAAACCCUCCGUAUUAUGUACUUGAGAAAUGAUGACAUCUAAUGCAUUGACUAGUUUCUUGACU